GAGAAAGCCAACACCGUUGAUAGGAGAGGAGGGUCCAAGGAGCUCAAGAAGUGACAGUGGCGGUUACUCAGACAAAAUCGACGACUUCGCCGGAGAUAGCGGCUACAAGGGAUGCCGUUCCGGAGGAGGCUACAGAAAGCCAGUUUACAGAAACUCAAAGCCAGUUCCAAGAAGACAAUAGUCAGUCGUUGGAUGCCAGGAACCAGUCAUGGGAAUCCGACAGCGCCUACUACUCAGCCAAAAGCCACUUAUCAGAUGCCGAGAGCCCGUUGUCAAGAUCAGGUGCUAGUAAUGCUGUGGAGGCCGGCACUGCGUCUACAGAUGCCCCAAAUACAUCAUCCCAGUCUCCUCGAAACGCACCCCGGCGAUCUUCUAGGAGAAGGAAUGGCGACUCGCAGGCAUCGGGGAGGAGUGAAUAUCAGACGUGGUGUGAAAGAGGAUACGGUAUCUAUUAUGGUGACGAGAGUGGAUAGCCGCAAAACCGCCUUCAACUUUCAACCUCGAUCCGGUGCGAGCUUGCGAGUUCCCGCCUUAUUCAGCGCCCUCAGAUGCUGCCAUUGUCGACUUGCUUUUUCACUGUGGGCAGCCGUUAGAUUAUACACCUCUAGACACAUUGUUUACUGCAUUGGCAUCAGAUUUCUUAGACUAAACCCCCUUUGGUAUUCAGUAGCAUUCUUACUAUCGGUGAUAAGGCACGUUAGAAAAAAGCCACGCAAACCUUUGAUGUCUCUGAGACAGCGAGAAGGCGAAGGCCCAGGCGCAUGAAAUAACAUAAGUGAAGAUGGUUCUUAAUGUGUGAUGACAUGGCAUUAGCGACCUCGCUAUACGAGUUUAGCAUGUGGAUGGUGAGGGCGAAUGACGCGCGAUACGGAGCUCAAGAUGCGAAGUAGGAUGAUUGGAUUCUGAGCCCCAGAUACUUCUCAAAAUUGAGCGUCCUCGAUACGUAGAGAUACCGAAGAUAGUGAUCAGCAGUCUUACAGCUGGCAAUGGUGAAGGCCGAGCCUUGCCUGCUCACUCCACGC